ACAAAAGACGCCACAGUAGGUAGGCCGGAACCAUCUCCGUCAGGUGAAGCGUUCUUUUCUCGGCCCUCUCCUUUUCUCCUUCCUCUCCCCUCUCCUAUAGAUCCAUCCUUCUCUCCUUUCACUCCCCAAAUCCUAAACCUAGAUCCCGUUCCCAAGAGAAGGGGAAGAAGGAGUGGAGAGAGAAUUCGCUAAGGGUGGGGAAUGGCGGACAGAGUGUAUCCUUCCUCCAAGCCCAACCUCCAAACUCCCCAGGCCGUCAACGGUGGGGGAAGGCCGCCGUCGUUCCCCACCACCAAGGCUCAGGCGUACGGGGCCAACCGCCCCGUCUACCGCCCCCAGCCAAUGAAGCCCCGCCGCCGGAGCAGCCGGGGCUGCUGCUGCGCCUGCUGCCUCUGGCUUACCCUCAUUCUCAUCGCCCUCGUCCUCCUCGCCGCCAUCGCCGGCGGCGUCUUCUACGUCCUCUACCGCCCCCGCCGCCCCGACUUCACCGUCUCCUCCAUCCGCCUCGCCGCCCUAAACAUCACCGCCUCCAACCAGCAGCUCGCCUCCCGCCUCGACCUCUCCGUGACCGCCCGCAACCCCAACAAGAAGCUCGUCUACAUCUACGACCCUAUCUCCAUCGCCGUCUCCUCCGGCAGCGUCAACGUUGGCGACGGGUCGUUCCCGGCCUUCGUCCACGGCACCAAGAACACCACCAUUCUCAAGACGACGGUGUCGACAUCCGGCGAGAGCGUGGACGCGUCGGCGGCGGCGGAUCUGAAGAAAAAGAGCAAGCUGCCGCUGGAGAUCGAUCUGGAGACGAAGGCCGGGAUGAAGAUCGGGGGAUUCAAGACCAAGAAGAUGAGGAUCAAGGUUCACUGCGCGGCGGUCGACGUCGCCGUACCCAAGGGGAAGACCGCCGCCUCCCCGUCUACCCCUGACGCCCCGUGUAAGGUCAAGCUCAGGAUCAAGAUCUGGAAGUGGACUUUCUAGAAGAAAUUUACUCCAAAAGGGAAAAACGUAGGAAAAACGCUUUCAAAAAAUGGAGGGGAGAGGGAGUGCUCCUGGUGUUUAAAUUUAGGGAAAUUAGGGUUUAAAAAAAAAAAGGAGUAUGAUAGUUCUUUUUGUUCAGUUAUAAUUGGGAUAUUAUUAUAUUUCUUGUAUUCGGAUUGACAUGCUUUUUUCUUUCCUAUAUUUUUGUUCGUUGUGGGAUUGUUGUAAGAUUUCUUUAAUAAUAAUGAAUCAAAGAAAACUUUGAUCUCUUUUGCCCUUU